AUGGGGACAACAUGUCGCUACCUGAGUCGUUCCAAGCCGACGCCGUCAAAGCUAGAUUUAUCACGAUAUUUAGUGACAAUAAACGACCGUCUGAAGCAGGCAGAGGCCCAACUGGCAUUCCAUUCGUCAAUACAGAACCCUACGCAAACCCCUUUGGAGUCAGAUGCUGCAGCUUCCGGGCCGGUUACAUCAAAUGCAUCACCCUCACAUAUGGACUCGGCACUUUUGUCGACACUAGAACUGCCCGAUCUCGGCGGGCAGACCAUGAAUGACUGGCCCUCCAUGGCAAAUAACGACCCGUACGAGUUUGACUUCGGCGCUCCCUCCUCCUCGAUGCCGAUUGAACCUCUGAUGGCGCCAUUUAUGCCCGUUUCUAACGGAUUCGUUGGCCUGGACUCUAUGCUUUUGGAGAUGCUUCCUGCCGCAACCAACCAUAAUGUGCUGGAGUUGUCUCCAGGGCUCCUGCAAGGACUGUACUUCGAUCUGUUCCAUCCCAUUAUGCCAUUAAUCUGCCGAUCUCGCUUUGAGGCUGAAAUAUCCGAGAUGUCACCGUCAAUUGAGGUUCAAAGCCUCUCAUUUGCCAUGGCAGUACUGGGAUCCUUCUCAGUGCCCGAACUCCGCUGUCAUGUCGACAGAUGCUACGAGCAAUGCCGCACCCUUCUGGACCUGUGUGAAAGACAGGAUACGGGAGAAUCUCUGGCGAGCAUCAAUACUCUCCAAGCGCUUGCCUUGUUGACCCUCUACGAAUUCAAGCAGCCGAACUUUGCUCGGGCCUGGAUGACUCUCGGGCGGGCUAUCAGGCUAGCCAAACUGAUAGGCCUUGACCGGGUCGAUAGUCCUCCGAAUUCGACCGUGACUGCACCCUGGGACCAGCGGCCGCGACUCCCACCGGCCUCUUGCGCUGUCAUUGCGGAAGAGCGGCGUCGCACCUUCUGGGUUCUCUAUGUAUUCGAUUCCUUAUCAACCACCCAUCUGCACGCCCAAUCGGCCUUGGAAAUGCCGGACUUUAUCCGUCUCCCAUCUCCAAGCGAAUCUCUAGACCAAUUGACGAAUUGUACGAUUGCCAUGCCAUCAAUUCAGCAGAUCGAAGCUGAGAUCUCUGCCGAGGUGUCCGUGUCAUCCUUUUCUGGCACACUCAUCAUGGUAUCCCUGUACCGACGAUGUAUCGACCACACCAUCUCGCAGAUGAAUCGUCCCCAUGCCUUCUGGGAGACGCACUACUCGAUUGAUAAAGCCAUCAAUCACUACCGAGGGAAUUUACUUUCCCACCACGUCAACAACGACUUUUCCGAUGACCCACGAUCCCUGUCGCUGCGCAUGAACCUAGCCGCGGUCGAAAUCACCCUACACGAGACGGCCCUGGUCAAGGUACAGAAAGACAAGCUACCGGCUGUCCUCGCCACCGAGGCAAUUUCAAAAUGCAUCACCGCUGCCACCGACAUUGCCAUAACGGUCCAGCUAGGCCAACGGCUAACCGGCAAGAAGCUGGAGAUAUUCAAACACCAUGACCGCUUCCUUGUGUGGCCGAUGACUAUGGCAAUCCAGACCUGUUCGCGGAUGCUGGACAUGAGGGGAAAUGUCGAUGUGGAUCCCUGCAUCGAAAACCUACGCGUGCUCGCCGCCGCCAUGAAGGAGCUUGUCAGUCCGAAACACGUCCGUCCGGGACUUCUGGAAAAGAUAGAUGCCUGGAUGGCCGCGGUUGAAGGAGGCGCUAAUGCCGAAUAA